CAUGCUUGUACUGCCACUGGCAUAAGCCAUCGUUAGAAUUCACUACUAGCAUCACUCACUGGCCGAGUAGUACAUCGCCUCAAGCUACAGUGCUGCAGCUAAAAGUUAUUGAAUUUGAUCGUCGUCACGGAUUAUGGAAUCCAAGGGGGAAAUCGAAGAAUUAGAUGAGAAUCAAUUGACGGCCGACAGUGGCGAGCUUUACUUAUUUCAGUGGUUGUCGAAUCUGGAGAGAAGUCUCAGACAUGCGAGUACCGAAACGCUCAAGGAGACGCAAACUUCAGUAGAAGCUACGCUACUGAAGGUGCUUAUACCUUCGGAGCCAUAUCCUUCUCCUGGUCGUCCGCUUCGCAAUCUAGCUGCAAGAUGCCUUCUAGUCCUGUAUCAUCGUGGAGAAUCCAGGUCAUUAUUUGACACGCUAAGGGUGUUGCUCAAGCCAGCCUCUGACAUCAAAGCCACGGAUAAGGAUUCGACUCGGAUCGCCGCAUUCUGGACGAUUGGAGAGUUGAUGGAGGCCUUCGGCUCCCAGUUUAUGUCCUUUAUGGCUGAAACCGCCACCAUCGCCAUCAAAACAUUGAGGUCAUCUGCGUCGCCGCACGUCCGAUAUCAUGCGCUCACUAUGCUCCGGAAAACCCUGAUUUCAGCCAAGAAGGCUUUGAGCGACUCCCUUGCAAAGGACAUAAUCAAGCAAAUGAAGAACGGUUUAACGGAUAAAGCUCUCCCCGUCCAGCGAGCUGCUGCUGCUGUUUUAACGAUCGUCUAUACUCCCGAAGACUCCGUCACACUUGCAGAUGUGGAGUCAAUCAUGAGCAUCUGCGUCAAAAGUCUUGAACACAGUGACCAAGUGACAACGCAAUCGCUGGCGCAGCUAGUGGGACAUAUGCUCGCAGCUACCCAAAUGGAACGUGCUGUGGCAAUCACAGAGCAGUCACAAAAAGGCAAGAAGGAACAAGAAGACUCCGAUAUCUCUACUCCUGCACAUAUCGCAGCCGAAAACACCAAAAUCCUUUUGACGCCGGGAGAUAUGCUAUCACAAAUCUCCACCCAGUUUAACAAAGCUCACAGCCGCAAAACCCGUGCGGGAAUCUUCAUGUUUUACGUCACACUACUGGCAAAACUCGGGCCAGUAUUUGUAGAAUCCAAUUAUUCCCUACUUGUCAGUCACCUCAUGACCGAGAUCGUCUCCUAUCCCAAGAAUGGAGCCACGAGAUAUGACAAACUCUUCAUCCGGAAGCUAGUCGGCGCUCUUUUACGGGAGCUAAUAGCACUACGAAUGUUGACUGAGCAGGGACAAAUAGCUGCAAUUCAAGAUCUUUCCUCAUCAUACUUGAAAAGAUGGCCAGCAUUAAUGCCGGGGCAGGUGGCUCCAUCUUCAUCCAUCCUAACAAUAGCACUGGAGGAGGUUGCAGGUCUGUUGCAACAACUAGGCAAUGCACCUCCGCCGGUUCAGGACGCUGUCUCUGUACCAUUGAUGACGCUGCUUACGCAUCCAAGUCACUCGGUUCGUGUCAAUGCGAGUUGGACCCUUCGUUGCUUCUGCUAUUCUACCCCCCUUCGUCUACCGAAGGCAAUGUUGGCGAUUGCGGAGUCUUUACAACGCGACAUUGAAUCCCUUCAAUCUCCUGCAGCUCCUUCGGACAUUGAUCGCCGGACACUUGGUCAUUCCUAUGGUUUGGCAGCUCUUGUCGCCAUUGUGCCACAUCGCCCCCUAUACGUGUCUUUUGAUGUGUCGGCCAGCGUUCUUGACACCGCCACUCAACUCCUUAAGCGCGCUAGUGAUCAUGAUGUUCAUAUCGCAGCAGUAGAGGUCGAAGUUGCCUGGACGUUGAUUGCAUCGCUGAUGCUGCUUGGACCAAAUUUUGUCCGCUCACAUCUACCUCAGCUACUGGUACUUUGGCGUAAUGCAUUACCGAAACCUACUGCGAAAGACAACGUUUCAGGCCGGUCAGCUGCCGAGUGGAAGUUUCUCCUGCAUGUCCGUGAAAGUGCACUUGGAGCAAUCCUUUGUUUUUUGCUUCACAAUAGCCAACUCACCACUCUCGAUGUCGCCCGGAGAAUCUCAUCUCUGCUUGGAAAUGCCCUUUCAUUUUCAAAUGUGUUCUUGUCACAGAGUAUUGAAGAAGUUUCUGGACCUUUGGUGAUUGAAGAUACUGGGCCAUCUAUUCGGACUCGCGAGGCUUCUCUUCGACGUAGAGCAUACCAAUGCUUCUCCGCUCUUGGAACUUCCACUUUGACGGAUUCUGUCCAAUCAAGCUUAUUGCAGUCCGUCCUUGCUGUUUUCGCGGGCCCCGAUAUCGAUAACAUAUCUGCAAUGCAAGCCUCAAUUGCGUCUACCUCGGGUAGUUUCACUUCAAUCUGGCAGAUGACAGAUGGUUAUGCAUAUGGGCUCACUACACUUGAAAUAUCUGAAGACGGGGUUGACCAAAUUACAACGUCUGAAAGUCCUCGCCGAGGUCACAACAACAGUGAUAGCAUUGAACACUCAAUAAGUGCCCUGCUACGCAAGCCGAUACUAGGAGCUUGCGAGCACGAUACACUUUCACUUUCUAUGAUAAACCCGUCAGAAGAGGAAAGCCGGACUUUCAAUGCUCCACCACCUGUGUCAUCAGUCUGUGACGCCGCCAUCGAACUAUUUUCUCAGUUGCUGCCAGCCCAGGACUUAAGUACCACACUGCGGACAAUCAAUCACUUGAUAGAGUCCAAUCGGUCUCCGAAGCUUGACAAGAACGCUGGGAGGAGGACCGCUGUAAUGUUGAAUAGCGUCGUUGCCAUCGUACGAACAUUGCGUGUUGCGAUGAUCUCGUAUCAUCGUCAAUCUAGGGAUACCCUUGGGCAUUCUCAAGUCACUUCAGCUCUUGGAGCAUUCUUGAAAGAUGCUCUUGUGGAUGGUGACCCCGCCCUAAGAUCUGCUAGUAGCGAGGCCAUUGGGCGCCUUGCCAACAUUUCUGGAAGCUCCUUUUUGACGAGUCAAACCAAGGUGUUGGUUGAUCACAUUGUAAGCAACCGCGAUCCCCAAGGUCGAGCUGGUUGUGCGCUUGCGUUUGGGUCUCUAUACAGCCAUGUCGGUGGACUUGCGGCAGCCCCCAUUUUAAAAACAACAGUGAACCUUCUCAUGUCAUUGAGCAAUGAUUCUCAUCCGCUGGUCCACUUUUGGUCCCUCCGCGCACUGGGACAUGUCAUUAACGCUGCUAGUUUGGCCUUCGCUCCAUUCGUGUCAAGUACCCUGGGAAUGCUACUCAAAAUAUACCUGUCGGACACUCACGAAGCCGAGGGAGGGACACUAAACAACGCCAAUAUCGGUGGUGACUUGCAAGCUUACCCCCUUGUCUGCUAUAUCCUGGAUGCGAUCAUCACCAUUCUCGGCCCUGAUGUUCACGACUCUUCAAGGACGAGAGCAAUUGUACUUGACCUUGUCCACGAAUUUUCGGUGGAAGAUGAUGAGCCCAUCCUAGUGGAAGCUAUAAGGUGCAUUCAGCAUCUCCUCAUGUUUGCUCCCGAGCAUGUGGACAUCCCCGAGAUCGUGAAUCGUUUCAGAAGGCACCUUAGUUCACCUAGAAGAUGCCUGAAACUCGCAGCAAUCGAUGCCCUUUAUCAAUUGGUUCAGAAAGACGCUCUAGCAAUGUCCCGAUUGGGUGGAGAUAGCCUUGUGGAGGAUUUGUUUGGAAUGCUAGACGGUGACCCAUCAAUCGAUGGAGUCAGAAACGUAAUUUCAAGUUGGCUACUUCAGACGGCGAUUCACAAUCCAUCCGCCUGGAUUGACCUUUGCCAGAGGAUUAUGUUGCGCAUAAAUGCCUCCCAGAAAGUGGUCAAUACAGCCAACAGUCUCAUGGAUGACGAAGGUCAAUCGUUGAGUGCAUCCAUGUCAAACGAUGACACGCGGCAAAGCAACAUAGCCAUGGUUGCUACAUCACGCUGGAGGACGCAACUAUUUGCACUGCGAUGUUUACACGAAAUUUGUACUCUAGUUGCACGCUUUGGACGCAGAGAGCAUAUCGACAUACCUUUCGCUCGUAGCCACGGCAUUCCAGUGAACGGCCUCCUUGUGUCUCGUGUCCCAGAUUUGAUCAAAAUGGCCUUCACAGCAUCUGCGGCAUAUGUCACAGAGAUACGACUAGAAGGAUUGGUUGUAUUACGCGACGUCAUUCAGGUGUUUUGCCAGGCCCCAGAUCCUGACUAUCCAGACGCUCUCCUACUUGAGCAACAUCAAGCACCUAUCACGGCUGCACUUACUCCCGCCUUCUCUCCAGAUUCCACUCCUGAAAUUCUGUCUUCUGCCAUCGAUGCCUGUGCAGUAUUUGUCGGCUGUGGCGUUGUCAAAGAUGUAAGUCGGAUGGGGAGAAUUCUCAAACAACUUACAACAGCACUCGGAGAGGUUGACGAAUCUGGCAAUUUAACCAUGGGCAAUUUUGUGGACUUGAGCCCAAAUGCGUCAGGCAUGUUGAGGGUUUCUAUCCUCUCGGCGUGGGCUCGUCUAGAAAUUGCUAGUUCUGAGCAGACGUACCUCCUGGAUGUCAUCAAACCAUACAGAUCGAUCUUGGCACCGCAAUGGAUUGCGAGCCUUCGCGAUUAUGCUGUCAUCCGGGCAGAUUCCGAAUUCAUACACGAUGCGUCAGCGGUAGCUUUAGACCCGUCGUAUGCAAGCCUCGGUAAAGUAGUCCUGCUUCCUUACUACGCUUCUUCCUGGGCAACAAUCCUACAAGCUGUCGCGAACGCCAUGAAUCGCUCCGAUCAAUCCAUUUCAGCUGCCAUCCUUGGGAAGGAGGUGGGAUCAUCUGUCAAUGGUAUCGACUCCGCGGCAGAAGGGCCAGCGCCCCUUUUCUUCCCCCUCUUUGGCCUUAUAUAUGAAGCACUCGCGACAUCCUCGCCAGACACCAGUUCACGAGUUGACACAGUGAUUGCCUGCCUGGGGGCACUGAAAUGCCUUCUCGAUCCUCGCUAUUCUGGGAAAGCCCUUUUGGAGCCUACCAUCUUUCAAGAAUUCAUGAGUCUCAGUCACCGAAUCGCUAUGACAGAAUCGGCAGAGGUACUCAUUCAUCUGAUCAUUGUCCUGACUACUUUUGCCAGACACUUCGGCCAAUAUGUACCUGGAGGCAACCUCAGCAAGGAGAGUCAAAGCAACACAACCAUUCCUCCCGAUUCAGUGUCCACUCAUUGUCUCAAGAUUUUUGCCUACACCAUUCGACACUCUCGCCACAAUCCAGGAACGUCAUCGAUAAAAGGCGAUCUGUCUGAUAUUGCAAAAAUGAUUUCUGGCUCCCUGAGUGCCUUCCACCUCAUUGCCUCGAUGACAGAACUCGUUGUUCGAGAAGAUAUACGGGGAAUAGGCUGCGUUCUCUAUGGCGAACUGCUGAAAGAUGAAACAUCGGAAGCGGAUUUGAUAACUCCCACUCUUCCGGCUUUCAAAUCCUUGUUGGCCAUUCCAUGCCAUCCUAGUGUCCGCGAACGUUACAGGAAGCUUAUCCAUGGCUUGUUGUCUUCAUGUCUUUUGAACGCGGAUGGAAUGAGGGGACGCGAAGGUUUAAUUUCGUCGAGAAAAGUCAAGACUAACCUUCUCGCGGCGGUGCUCAUCUUGACCGUCAUUCCUCCACAAGUGGCGGUUUCUCGUGAUGUGGUGGAGCACUUGUUCUUCCUUAUAUCACAAAAGCUUGAAGAAGGCGACCAGCAGAUGGCUAUUGUGGCUGUUCACUGCGCCAAAACUCUUGCAAUCGCUGCGUCUGGAAGUGAACUUCUUCGAGCUUGCGUUCGGUUGCUUCUUCCCGCACUAAUCCGAUAUGUUGCUAAAAUGGUACCUCGAGUGGAUGACGGAACAGUGUCAGAACAGCAGGCCAUCUCGAUCGACGAGGUUUGGAAAACAUUUGCGACACUCGUCUCGCUGGCUAAAGAGGAACAACGUUCCCGUCUAUUGAGUGUACUGUUACCAACAAUCACGUUACUUCUACGCCCAUCUCAGAUACCUCCAUCAACGAUACAUUCUAGUGGCAUAGCACACUUGCUUUCCCUGGCAGCUAGCUCACCCGCGUCAUUCAAAGAGGCCACUACUCAGCUGGACCCCUCUGUGCGGGAAGUACUUGAGAUGUCGAUUCGCAAGGCUGUUGAAGGCGCCGCGGGCACAGUGCAGCAGAGUAUGAAGCCGCAGAUCUCCCUGAGAUCAUUUUGAUAAAGUAGUUAACAUAUGUACAUGCGUGGAUCAUGAUAUACGCGAGGACAACAUCUCAUUGAACAAUGUCAA